AUGCGAAAAACAACGGCGGCGGAUGAGGAGCAUCACGUUCACCCUUCAGCCCGGUUCAUCAUGGGGAUUGUAGUCCUGAGCCCAACACCACUGAGCAAUUCCAUCCCGGUCCUGAACAGCAGCUCCCACAAUUCAGCGGUGGAAGUGGAGCUGUCGUGCUUGGAGGGUUGUAAAGGUACAAGAUCGCUGGCCUUUUUUUUUUGUGUGGCCAUGGACAAGGUGGGGCAGGUGGAGUUUCGAAACAUCGGCUGCUGUUACUUCCCUCAGAGCAGGGUCGACUGUCACUACACGCUAAGCUCACAGCACAGCUGGACCAGCAAUGAUUGGGUCGGGCUCUUCAAGGUGGGAUGGUCAUCAGUAAAGGACUACGAAACAUUUGUGUGGGCCCUGGCCCCAGCUGACUAUCAAGAGGGCACAGAUGUCAACUGCUGCGUGCAUUUUCAGGCCUCUUACCUGCCCAAGCCCAGCUCCCAAGAGUACGAGUUUGUAUAUGUUGAUGCUAAAGGGGAAGUGUGCUCAUGCAGCUCCAGAUUCAUUUUUUGUGCACCAAAGCCACUUGAGGAUCUCGUGACCCUUGAAGAAGACUCUCAUGGAGAGGAGGAAGGCACUGACAUGCUGCUGGUGGUGCCCAGGGCAGAGUUGCUGCAGAGUCGACUGCAAGAAUGUCUGCAGGAGCGCGCUGAGCUGCUGCUGCUGCAGGAGGCUGCAAAAAAACAAAGAGAGAAAGAAAAGGAGGAAUACAAAAGGGCCAAGGUGGCCUGGGACAGGCAACGCAAAGGGUUGGAACUGGAUAUCGAUAGACAGAGGGAAGAACUGAAACAGAGUCUAGAGAAGAUUGAGGACAUAGAGCGAAAACAGAAGGAGCAGCAGGCUUUGGGAGAUUUUCUCGCCCAGGAGAAAACUGCUUUGAUGGAUGCCAAGGAAGAAAGUAAAGUGCGAAUCAGGGAGCUAGAAGAGGACAUCACAACUCUGACACAGAGAGCUGUGGAAAGAGAGACAGAAUUGGAGAGGAUGAAGGAAAGAGCCAAAAGGGCAGCCGUGCUGAGAAAAGAGGAGGAAAGUGAAAGAAAAAGUCUGCAGACUAAGCUGGAACAGACAGAGGCAGAGCUCAGAAGUCUGUCGAAGGAGUUUCAAGGUCUGAGGAACUCCCUCGCACAGCGAGACACCAGCGUCCUGCAGCUCCAGAACACCAUCACUACCCUCACCCAGAAACUGACCACUGCCCACAGGAAAGAGGCAGAGAGCGAGGCGUCCCUGAAGGAGAUGCGGAGCCUACGGGAGCGUCUGCACUUGAGCGAGCGCACCGCAGAGGGCUUAAAGAGCGAUUUAAAUGCCAUGGUCGCCCAGAGGGACCACGGGCAGGCCGAGCUGCAUCAGGCUCGCCUGCAGGCUGCUCAGCUCACCCUUCAACUGGCAGAUUCCAGCUUGGCCCUGAGAGAGGGGAGAGCCCACUGGGCCCAGGAGAGGCAGAAUCUGCAGCGCACCGCGGAGAUGGACCACGAGCGUUUGGACAAACUCAGCACAGAGAUGCAGAGGAUGGAGGAGAGGCUGCGGGAGGAGAGGAUGGAGCUGGUGAAGCUGGAGGUUGAGCGCGGGCGAGAAAAAGAUUGCAACCGGGUCCAGCUCAGUGAAGCACGCAGGGAGCUCCAGGAGCUGAAAGCCAGCCUGAGGGUCGCCCAAAAGGAGAAGGAGCAGCUUCUGGCUGAGAAGCAGGAGUUAAUGGAGCACAUCUGUCAGCUGGAGCAGAAGCUGGGAACGGCGGCCGGUGCCAGGUGGGAAGCUGCUCCCGUGGCCUCUACAGCAGCGUGUGAAAGCGGGCUGUCCGAGUCGGAGGACGAGAGCCCCGAGGCUUUACAGAUACUCCACGCCCCCAGACCUCUGGGACACUACGGCCUGUGCGAGCAGGGCCAGCCGGACUCCUUGCUCCUCUCGACGCUGCCUUCCUCCCCGAAGGAAGUGGACAGGAGCGCGGUGGUCAUCAACCAGCCUGCCCCUCUCUCCCUGGCGCAUCAGGCCAACGCUGACACCCAGGCGCACAGCUCUGAUUCGGAGGAAGAACCAGACCCGCUUCAGUGUGGAAGACACGGCUCGGGAGAGGAAACGGCCCUUUUGCUGCCCGAGCACACGGACACUGUUCUCAGUGAUCUUGCCGACACCUCGCUGUGGUAACCCGUGGACGACUAGCCUUGGGGUGGGUCGAAGAGGCCGUCUAAAAACAGUCAAAAGGAGGACCCGGCUGGAGUUUGCCCACUAACAAGUCGAGUCUGCUAACAAGCACAUAACCAGCUCACUGAAAACACUAGAGAAACGUUCAUAUGCAAUUAUACCAUAUCUGCUGUCAGCCAUGUUUAUUCCCCCCCCCGGUAGACAGUUGUGUCGUUGCUUUGACCGUUUAGCCAGAGGUUAGCCAGGGCGGUGCUGCGUUCGUGGCCGAGGCUAGGCCGGUGCAAAGUUUGGAGCGGCGGGCUUUUAGGCGCGGGGCGCUGGCGUUUUUAGGGUUUGCGCGGCGCAGCACAAUGAUUUCUGUUGAAUCAUUGCUGUGUCGAGAGCUUUACGAUGGAUGUUAUGUCGUUUUUAUGGCAAUUGUGAUUAGGAGUCAUGACAGGCACUGUAAUUAUGAUGUUUUGUGCAAGCCCGGCUCCACUGGAAAUCAUGACAAAACUCUAUUCCAGCAUUAAAUUCUCCACCGCUGCUUUGGACACUUUUCAUGGCAGCAUAAAGCGACGACACAGCACCACGCUAAAAUAUAUUGCAAUAAUGUAGGUCUAUGACAGCAUAUUUCUCCUCCAUUUACUCAGAGCUAAGGUUUGAUACGCACUUUGUUGUCCACAUUAGCAGUUGAUUGUUGUCAUGCAGAUGCAGUUGAGAUGAUUUAGUGACGCCGAUGCUUUCCAAGUUUUGAAUAAGAAAGCUUAUGGAGCUGAUUAAUGUCGGUUAAGAUAGAUGCCACAUGCAACUUUAUUAUUCAGUAUCUGCACAUCAUCAUAGAGAGAUUGUUGCUAACAAGCUUUUCUGAUUAGCUGCACUAUCUAUUUUUUAAGAGCGAGGGAUUUGCUUUUCAUAAUGAUUGAAAUCCACUUGAAUCCAUAUGUCAAAUUGUUUAUCUAACUAUUUAGCCAUUACUAAAGUUUAUAUUGUACAGAAAUGAUCCUUCGCAGUCUUGCAGUUCUAAAUGUGUGCCUGAAAUGAUUAAGUAUAAGUCUAAAAAGAUUUUUUACAUGACAUCAGCAAUUUGGUGCUGGUGUUAGCGCCUAACCCCCUACGGCAGAGUACUGGCUAAUAAGAAAUACUGUCAUCCUUUUUAAUCAAUACCGUAUGCAUUUUUCAUGGUUUUCUAUUUAUAAUUAACUUGACUUAUGUUACAAUUAAACUCAAUCCAGGUUUAGUCUGAAAAGGGAGUUUCCGUUUGUCCAAUGUAGCAGACAGCGUUUUCCACGCUUGGCAAAGAAAUGUUGCUCUAAAUCCCCCGAUGCUUGACUUUACCUGCUGUAUUUGCACCCAGUUUUUACCAUAGAAGAGUUUUUAGCUGAGACGUUGAUACACGGAGUGUGCGAUUUUCAAUAUAUUACUUCUAAAAUUGUCUGUGGUGUUUGACUUGUAUUUUGUCUACCUAUCUUAUUUUUACUGUUUGUUGCUCAAAAUACUUGUGACACGUUGUUAAAAAGUGUUGGUGCUAAUGAAAAGGAAUGACACCAGCUGGUUAGGUUUCAGUUAGAUGUAAAAUUAUGCGGAAGACGCGAUUGGUGGGAGGAAUAAUAACACGGUGAGAGGAAAUGCCGGUGCAGCCUGUCCUUCCUCUUGUGGCGUUUCACUACAGAUUUGAUUCUUUCCCACAGAAGUCUGAAGCCGUUUCGGUUGUGUUCUCCUUCCAGGAUAAUGGCACACUAACUGUAUUCUCUGUUGUCCUCGUUUGCCGUUGACUUUUAUGUCUUAAGAAAGUUUUACUUUAGCGGCGCCCACCGGGAGUGCUCCCACUCACACUGCGGAAGAGCUCCAGUAGUUACGGCUUGUUUUGAAGUUUUGUGUAUGAAGGUUAUCCCACAUGUACACUUCUGUGUAUUUUCUUUAAAGUCAUGUAACUAAAUCUGGGCGGGUUUCGGCAUAAUAAAAUCUAUCCGUCAGCGGG